CUUGAGCGAAAAAAUUGAAAAAGAAGCUCAAUGAUACUCUGCAUUUAUGCAGGCUAAAAAUUGUCUCCCCAAAUCUUUCCUCGUCUUUUUCCUCUCUGCUGCUCUGUUCUAGUCUGCACAGCGUCACUGACACCCAACAAAGCCGCUGAAAGAGGGGACACCCCCCACAGUUUCUUCUACUUAUCACUCGAUUAAUCAACAAAAAAAAAAGAGAAAAGAAAAAUCGACCCAAUUUCCCAAAAUCCAUUUGUUUACUCUUUCGCUCGAUGGGAACUCGCUGCGGCCAUUAAUGGUUUCUCCCUCACAGACCCAUUUCAUGAGGAUUCUCUCUCUGGGUCUUUCCAAUGACGACAAUAGACAACUCCCACGUCAUCGCUGUGGAAGAAGAGGAAGAGGGGCCUCGCCGGGCUUCCACCACCGGCGCUGACGUCUCACCGCGGCGGCGCGGGGCUGAGAUUGAGGCCGAGAAAAGAAGGGGAUCCUCUGUUUCGGAGUGCUCUGUGGAGAUGGAUCUGGAAUGUGGGUUGGCUGAGAUUAAGGUACAUUUGGCCAAAAUCGAGAGGGAUUGCCGGAUUUGCCAUCUGAGUUUGGAUUCUUCCAAUCACGAAUCUGGAAUCCCUAUCGAGCUGGGUUGUUCCUGUAAGGACGAUUUGGCUGCUGCCCAUAAGCACUGUGCUGAGGCUUGGUUCAAGAUUAAGGGCGACAUCACCUGUGAAAUCUGUGGAUCAAUUGCACACAAUGUUACUAGUACUCAAGAAGCCGAUUCAACAGAGCAGCGGAAUGACUCAACUGAUGCAACGACAGCGACUGCUGCAGCUGCUGUUGUGGUACCACCGCACUCUACAGAAUCUCGGAACUUCUGGCAGGGCCACAGGUUCCUGAACUUCUUACUCGCCUGCAUGGUUUUCGCCUUCGUCAUAUCAUGGCUAUUUCACUUCAAAAUACCCUCAUAAUAAUGGAAAACUACACCUGAAAGUAGCAUCAAAAGAUCGUCGAAAGCCACUCCAAUGGCAUCGCUGAGACAAACUCGAAAUAUCGACCGUAUUGAAUCGUUGCUGGCUCGUGGGAUCAUGAUCCAUAUACCGAUAUUCUGUUAAUAUAUAUAUAUAUAUAUAUAUUAGUGUUAGAGAACCUUGGAAGAGUGGCUUGGAGUUGGAGAAGUACAAUGUAAUAUGUCUGUAAGUUUGUUUUGAUUUGUGUUAUUGGGAUUUGUGUUGUUAAAGCGUAUUGAAAAUUGAAAAGUUUGGAUUGUUGGGCGAUGAAUUUCACAAAUCAGUAGAAGAAAGAAUCGGA